CUGAAGCGGCUCGCUGCCAACCGGUUACGAUACACGACUUUUAUUUUCAACAAUUUAUGCAGCCAAACACCACACACGGGUCAUUCAUCACACAUAAAUAACAUUUUCAUGCAUAGUAACGAUUGUUAUCAACACUUAUUUACACUUUUGCUGUGCAAAAAACAAGUGUUUAAAAUUUUCUAAAAUAUAUCAACAACGGCCAGCUUUUAGUCAACAACUUUUAACAAAUGAUAUGAGGCAAAGGUAUACCAAUAUACAACCUAAUCGAGUUUGUUCGAAAUCAUUCCGUUCGGAUGCAUAAAGCGCGCGCUCGUGCGUGCGUUCGAAAUUCGCGCCGCGCGUACUGAACAUUCGGCGCGUCUCGCGCGUCUGCUGUACGUUGUCAUUGCUGUCCGUCAAACAACGGGGGCGGGCCAACGAGGGACGGGCCUCGAAUGCGUUCGGCUAACUUCGGAACGCACCUCUCACUCUACUCUGUACUCGCAAAGUGAACUGAGUCACAAUCACUACAUUGUGUUUUCUGUGUGUUUUUGUUUGUUUUUCAACUGACUAAAGGACGGUUUUAGAUGCUGUCGCCACGAGAGGACGAUGAUGACGACAAUCAUCUCUGCAUCAAAUGCAACGCCACCAUCAUCGGCUUGGACAACUACAUCAAACACCGGAGCCAGAGAUGUGGCAAACUGAAGAACGACGUGGCAAAACCUGGCCUGGCCCCCAUAGAUCCUCUCGAACCCACCUACAGCCUCGGAGCUGAUGUAUUCUUUCAAUCUUUGGAACUCCAGAGCAGUGUUAAGAAGACUUCCUUGGCACGACUCACCCCACCAAUUACUUUAUCAAAAGCCAGCGAUAGAAAGAGUUUGAUAGUAGCAUCUACUUCGGGAGAUAUUCCUCGAAUGAGUCCUCUAGAAACCAAUCUAAGAGGAGAAGACUGGAUAGGGGGACACAGUUUGAGGAUCGGAAGCAACGUCGACAAUCAAACUAAACUUAUUAAUGCCGUUGCCAGUAUCAGUGGUAAUGUCAAAAAAGAUAUUCCCUCGACAUAUACUAUGUGCUAUGAGGAUAGCGAAGAGUCGGAGGUAUCUGAAGAAGAUGACGAAGAGGACCAUACUUCCGAAGGAAAGUGGAAACCACCUCCGAAUUAUACGGGGGGUAAAUGGAGACCAGCAUCUCCUGAACACGAGGACUGGGAUAUGAAUGAUCAAGAACAUACGGGAGAAAUCAUUCCCGAUGGUAAUGAUAGGGAUGACGACUACGAUGCGCCUCCUCCAGGGCAUACCAAAGGAAAAUGGGUUCCAGGUGCCAACGAGAAGACUCAAAUCAUGCAACCAAUUAUACAGAGUAAAGGAUCGGUACAGUAUUGGUGUGGACCUUGUAAUAGAAGACUGGGCUCAAGAGCGAUUUAUGACAAACAUCUACGCUCAAGUUUACAUCUGAAAAAGGUACUACCUGAACAUGAAUUGGAAUUUUCUGGGCAUCUAGAACCUUUGAACCUUGAAAAACGCUUGCCACGUCCAUCCAGAUUUAUCAACGAUGCUAGCUUUUCGCAAGUACAAAGAAAACGCAAAAAAUCUAACUCGAAAUUGCAAUUAAAAAUUGAAAAGAAAAAACGAAAGCGAAAGCCAAAUUACGUGCACUGUGGAGGCUGCAAGUCGAGAGUCAAACAACAUCUAAUGGGCAAGCAUCUCAUAUCUCAUUACCACUUUCGCAAAGCGCGAGAAACUAACAGUUCCGUUUACCAACAACUGAUUCUGGACAAUAUUGACGCUAUAGUCCACCAAUCGCCUUUCCAGUGCAGCCCUUGCAAGUUCUACACUAACUGGCUUUCCAACUUCAUGCAGCAUUGGUUCUCGGAAGCACACGAAGAGAGAAUGUCUAUGAUGGAAGGCAGAUUUUGGUGUUCCUUUUGCAAAUUCGAGUGUGACUCGUCCCAAGAGAUGCUAAAACACAUAUCCAGCUCUGAUCAUAGCGAAGUUAUCGCUGUUAUCAACAGAUCAAUGCCUAUAAUUAUCAGAAAGAAGACGAUAAUCAAAUGCCACUCAUGUCUAAAAGAAUUCAGAUAUAAUAUAGAAAUGAAGAAACACAGCGAAAGAACUGGACAUCCGCUGGCUUUAACAGGAACAGAUGAUUAUCAGGAGCUUCAUAAAUGUCAACUUUGUACUGCGAAGUUCAAAUCAUCGUUGACGUUAGCAGCUCAUUUAAAAUCUAAGCAUAAACAAAGAGCUUACUUCUGUCUUGUUUGCGAAAAGAACUUCAAUUCUUCGGAAGAAGCGAAGCAUCACCGGCAAACUUCGGAGCAUAGAAUUAAAAGAAAGGAGACUAUGAAAGAGCACGGAGAAUUGUCCAAAGACCUGACUAAAAAGUGUCCGUAUUGCAUAGACAAUGUUAUACUAAAAAAUAUUCUGGUUUUAAAAGAACAUAUUCGUGCUGUUCACCCUGAUAUUAAAAAGAAGUGCCCAAAAUGUGGUAUGGCUUUCAUCUUGUCCCAAGAAGUGACCCGCCACAUCAGGUCCAACGCCUGCCAGUUUCUACCUUCCACCUCAAACGCCUUAAUCUACUGGAACUGCAGCCAAUGCCUCUUCACCACCGAUUCUCAAGCUGAAUGUUUCUUCCACGAAGUUCUACACUCAGAACCUAUUCGUACCACUGCCAAUAUUGGAGAAGGUGUAAAACCUCUCGUCAAGUACAUGUGUCCACUUUGCCCAAAAAGUUUUAAGAAGGCAUCUCUACGGCAACAUCUUCGGCAGCAUACAUUUGAAAGGCCGUUUGUUUGUGGGACUUGUAGCGCUAACUUCACACGGCAAACAAGCCUGGCCAACCAUAGAAAGAAUGAGCACAGUGGAAGAGUGAAGCUGCCGACGUUGGCGCCUUCGAUGGACAGAAUGCAGGCUCCAAACGUGGACUGGGAAUGUGGCAAGUGUUGCAAGAAGUUUUCUAGCAGAUCGGCCUUGUCGCGUCACGUGGCCGGUAACUGCACGGGCGCGGCGACCAAUCAAGUGCAACGCUGUCCACACGACCAGUGCAACUAUGUCGCGACCACUGCCACUCAGCUCGCGAGACAUCGGCGUUCCCACGGCGAACGUAUAAAACACCAUGAAUGUAAUUUGUGUACAUUUAAAACGGACCAGGCAAGCCAUAUGAAAAGGCAUAUGCUUUGUCACAAAGGAAUUAAACCGUACGGCUGCCCUUAUUGCCAGUUUACAUGUGGUAGUUUGGAAAAUCUUCGUAAGCAUGUACUACGUAGUGGACGACACAGUGGCCUAUAUCUGUACACUUGUCACCAUUGCCAAUAUUCCACAAACAUGGCGACAAAGCUACGAUCCCAUCUCACUACGAUGCAUGGAGAUAAAUACAAUGCAAAAACAGCUAUCGAAGCAGUCAAAACUCAUCUAAUGAUCAACAGUGAGGCGCAAAGGCUGGAGGAGAAUUAUAACUAAUUAUGUUUACUAUGUUUUAAGUUUUUUGCGUACCUUCCAAA